AUGCCUUUUGGGAAGAGCUCGAAAACCAUUCGUUCUCCACCUCAAGGUGCUUUUUCGGGAGCUCAAUCGGCUAGGUCAUCAACGUCCGAAGAAAAAGACGCGCUCAUGGAGAUUGCUGAAAGCACGUUCAAUAAGGACGGUACACUUCUCAAUGAGAACCUACAUGGGAAAGAUAACAGGGAGAGUACGAAUGUGACGGAGCAGCCUAAGAGUCUUGCGAGAGCAGUCUCCAAUUUAGAAUCUCUUAGGCAAUUGGCUGACACGGCAAACACUGAAGAGGAACAGGGCCUCAAAGCCAUUGAAGAAGUCCUGAAAGAAUUUGAAGCCGUUAUGAAGACGAACCAUCGAGUCCCUACUGUAAUUAAGAGUGGCGUGGCGAGGAUCAGGGAGUCUUUGUACGGAAUCCACACGAGCCGGAAGCAGCGUAGUGAGGCAGUCACCUCGGAACGAGAAUUGGUCGGCGCCACUACCUCUCCAGUCGAGAUGAGGAGUGGUAAGAGGAAGAGGGCAAUGCCAGAUGAAGUUGCAAGACUGGAGGUCAACUUGCCUCCUCUAACGAUAAGUAACCCGGUGGGGAGUGGCACGCCGGCUAGGGCUAGUCCUGAGCCGGUCACCCCACACCUGAAAAAGGGCCCAUCUAACGCCGAACGGGUCCACUCAGAGGAGCAACUCUGGCAAGAAGACCGUCAGAAUAGGAAGAAAAGGCUUAGAAAAGAAAAGCAAGCUGCGAAGAUCGUAAAGAAGAAUUCCGAGGCUGUGCAGAAACAGGCAGCUCCUGCCGCCUCCUCUGCAACGGCAAAGCUGAGGAAAGAAGAGAGGAGGAAGACGCGUCCGGAUGCAGUCCUCAUUCGAUCAACCACUGGUAAGUCGUAUGCGGACCUGCUAAAGGACAUCCGUUCAAAGAUAAAGCCGGAGGACUCGGGGGCGGAAGUCAGGGCUAUUCGUCCGACCCGCACCGGGGGUCUUCUGGUGGAGCUCGGGUCGAAGACCACAGACAAAGACGGGUUCAGCUCGGCUUUGAAGACGGCCAUUGGCGAGAGCGGCACCGUCAGUGUUUUAGAGCCUAGAGCCUCGAUAGAGAUCCGAGAUCUGGACAGUCUCUCAACGGCGGAGGAGGUUCAGGAGGCUGUUGAAAGGGAGCUCGGUGCUAGCGCAGGGGUGGUCAAGGUGUUUCUGACACAACCAAACAAAAGGGAGCAGAAACUCGCAGUUGUCUCUCUGUCUGAGCGGGGAGUUAAUCAGCUGCUGAGGACUUCAAAAAUCAAAAUUGGGUGGGUCAAUUGCAGGAUUCGUCGAAGGGUGGAAGUGACCAGAUGCUUCAGAUUUUUCGGCUACGGCCAUCUGCAGACAGACUGCAAGGGACCCGACAGGAAGGCAUUGAACCUUUGCCUGAAGUGCGGGGAGAGCGGACACAAGCGAGAUACCUGUGCUGCUAAAGCAAAGUGCUUUCUGUGUGCUAACGAAGAUCAGGACACAGUUGACACCAAGCACACUCCUGGCUCGAGAACCUGUCUCACGUUUAAGAGAGCUCUUGAGGCUUCUAGAACAAAAAAAGUGAUGCGUGUGCUCCAAGGCAAUCUCCAUCGUAGUCGAAUCGAUCUGCUCAUCUUAAGCGAGCACUAUCGUGACCGGGUUGGACCCAACUGGUUUCCGGACUAUCUGGGGACCACUGCCAUCUGGGUCCCGAAUACCAACGUGUUGGUUAAAGGUCACGGUAGGAGCAGAGGAAUUGUAUGGGUGAAUGCCAGCGACGCAAUUUUUGUGAGCUGCUACUUCUCACCUAAUGUUAACAUAGCAGAUUUCCAGAAUCAGCUGGAUGACCUAGAGGAUAUUAUCUUGACCCUAGGUAACAGUAGGAUAAUCUUAGCUGGAGACUUCAACGCCAAGUCUGUAGAGUGGGGCAUGCCUGCGACGGAUGUAAGGGGUUUCCGGAUUUUGGAGAUGGCAGCCCGGACCGGUUUAGUGGUCUCUAAUGUGGGGAGUGCACCCACUUUCAGAAGACCAGGUUACAGACAGACCAUCCCCGAUGUCACUUUUUCGUCGGAGGGACUCGCAGGAAGAAUCACGGACUGGAGGGUGAUCGAGUAUUAUACCGGUUCCGAUCAUCAGUACACCACCUUCAGUCUUAUCGGAAGCAGACUGAGCCGAAUCGUACCAACUCGGGCUUCAGGCUGGAAUGCUUCUAGGCUCAGUGCUGAAUCCUUCUAG